AUGGCUAAUCACAAUUUCAUAAAUAACGAGCGACCCUCGAUAGUACGUUGCCCUUUUACGCAGGGAAAAGCAAAAGAACAACAACAGCGUGACUUCGGUGUGGAGGGAUCGCGAUACCAGUCACAGAGAGCGCAAAAACUGGAACACCAUUGCCAUCGAUCCAACGAGCAUUACGAGAAUCAAAAAGAGACUCGACAUUACGGCUCGCCGGGCGAGGAACGCGAAGGCGAAACUUCCGGUUACGCCAGCGAUUCCGUGGAUGUACCGCAGGCAGGGCAAAGAGCUCUGCCUAAUAAAGCAGCGAUCAGGAUGGAAAUGACGGAAAAAACAUGGCAAAAUCCUUACUGCACUACGCCGGAAAGUUCACUGCCUCCAUCGAGAAGACUUUCACCAGGCAGAAUGGGUGAACUCAACAGGCCAAGGUGGGGCAGUGUCUGGGAUCAAGAUGCAGCUAGAGGUGAUCCACCGCCGCCUUCUUGGCUAUCAAGAUUAGGACAGUCGAGCCAAGUCCUGGUGAUCAACCACGACAGCGCCAGCAGCCCGGACAGUUCAACGACUGGCUCAACCGGCUCCGAUAUCAAUAAAGUAUCUUAUCUUCGGGGUCAAAAUAUUCCUAUGGACACAGAGAUCCUUCAAGAACGCGAAAUGAAACGUCAGAAAGCACUGGAGCUUCAAAACGCCAUCAAACAGCAACUCGAGGAAAAGGACAGACAAAGAAAAGAAGAGAAAGAGCGGCGGAUGAGAGAAGAGAUGUUGGAAGAAGAACGAAUCCGGCGAGAAAGAGAAAGGGAUAAAGUAAGAUUUGAAGAAGAGCAGCGAAUAAUACGCGAAAAGGAGGAGGCGAAGAUGAGAAAGGCGCAAGCCAUGCGCGAGGUGUUGGAAGCUGCGGAACGGUUGGCAAAAGAAGAUCGAAAGAAUCGACGAAAGCGAGAGGAACACACCGAUGAAGAUACUGACGUUGUGACGCAAUUUUCCAACGAGUCGAACAUGAUAACAAACAUAAGCGACAAGCACGAAGAAGAGAACUGUUCGCAAGCGCAAAAGCAAAGCGCAAGUUCGAUCAAUCAUCCUGAAGAAAAGUCUAGCCUGAAGGAUGCCAAAGAGACCGACAAUUGUCGGGAAAGCGAGAACGAUAAAAAUCCGAGAGAAAUUUGUCCACGGAAAAAUUACGCAGACAAAUCGGAAGAAACCAUGCUGGACCUAAAUCCGAGAUCUCUCCAGAUGCCCGUGAGCAAGGACGUAGCGAUCGUGCUGAGUGGUCGGCUGGAGGAUCCUGAAAUCCUAAGUAGGGCGAAUCUGCAACUGGUGAAUCUGGUGAUGACGCCAAGCCCGCGCAAAUUCGUAGAAAGCGCCGCAGAUUAUUUCUCACUCGGGCUCAAUACAAUCAUGAGGAAUAACACAAGUCCCAAGAAUCCGAGGAGGUCAUCGAGGGACGCCUCGUCGACUGUUGUGGAGAACAGACUGUUGACGCCGAGCAAAUACAGAAUGCCAGCCGGUCGGGACUUCGGCACUCAGACAGAUGUGGAAUCCGACGUCCAGGAGCUACGGGAGAAACUACAGGAUCAGUCGAUCGGAGACCAAGAUACCAUGAAGGAGCGGAAGGAUACGACAAACGCCAACCGUAGAAACGUUGAAAAAUCAAAUAAUAUGGGUCCUGGCGAAGAAAUUCCUGUAAAAACUCUUCCGCGAGCCAAAUCACAGCCCAGAACUACGCUCGAUAGCAGACCGCGGUGGAACGCCAAUCGUCCAGGUACACGUUAUCGAACGCAAAGCGAGAAAGAUCCACACUAUCAAAGACGAUUGCGAUUAAGAAGACGACAAAUCGAAUCCAGCGAUGAAGGAUCUAGAUCACCGUCUCCCGACCGACGGAAAUCAAAUAACGGAAAAUCAAAAAGCCGAAGCACUAUAAGACGUAAGGCAAAACCCGAGAAUUAUGAUGCUGAUCUGUCGAUGGACAGUCUGAAUUCCGUUGUGCCUUUGCGAAUCGAUAAAAACGGCAAAAUUAAUAUCGAGAAUCAUGCCGAGAAAUCACAGUCAGGAAACAAUAUGAGUCACACAAAAAAAACGGACGAAGACAGUUCUAACAUUUGGUGCGGACAGGAAAUCUUGUCCAAACUGUCAUCAUUGAGAAGCGGGAGAAUACGUAUGAAAGAGACAUGUUUGGAAAGAGCCAUUUCGUAUUUCAACUAAUUGAAUAUCGCUAAAAAUUUAAAAAUAUUUUCAUUUGAUAACAGUGUAC